AUGUUGAAUUUCAAAUAUUUCGUCAUAAUUUUAAUAUUUUAUAAUGUUCAUAAACUACAAGCAAGUGAAAACGAAACAGGAAUAAUACGAAAGAGCUGCAAUGAAGGUCUAGGUCAGUGCGUUCCAAUCAGUCUUUGUUCUGAAAAGACAAAAUUCACUGAUGGAAGCAAAUUUAUAAAUACGAGAUUCAGUUUGUUUGAUGAAGACGAAAAUGAUUGUCAUUAUUUGGAAAAGUGCUGUGACCCUGAAAACAUAAUGACAAGCACUGAAAGUCAAUCUUUUAUUGUCGAAAACAUAAAUCAUGAAACAGAAUCCGCUUGCAUUCAGCAGUGUAGAGCUGAAGAUGUGAGAUUCCAAAGACAAAGAUUACCGCCAAAGAUAGAAAUUUUAUCACAAGAAGCUGACUAUCAGCAAUGUGGUUAUCGUAAUAAGUUUGGUGUUGGAUUGCAAUUGACAAAUGCUUCUGAUGUUGCACAAUUCGGAGAAUUUCCAUGGAUGGUUGCUUUAAAAGAAGUUAUAAAUUCUGAAAGUUUUUACAUUUGUGGUGGUUCACUUAUUCAUCCUUCUGUGGUAUUAACUGGAGCGCAUUGUGUUUACAAAAAAGAAUCUUCAACCUUCAUUGCACGAGUUGGUGAGUGGGAUACUCAAACGCUCAACGAACCUUUUCCACAUUACGAUCAUAAAGUUCAACAAAUGAUUUUACAUCCUGAGUUUGUGUCGAAAAGUUUGCAUAAUGACAUCGCAUUGCUUUCUCUCGAGUCCCCAGUGAAAUUGACAGCACAUAUAAGCACGAUUUGUCUUCCGCCUCAAAACUUCAAAUUCACUGACAAAAAUUGUUUUGCUAGUGGUUGGGGUGCUGCCAAGUUUGAAGAAGUCGGAGUUUACCGAGUGAAUUUAAAGAAAAUAAAACUUCCCAUCGUUCAAUUAAAAGAUUGUCAGGAUCGGCUUCGAUCAACACAAUUGGGAAAACUAUUCAAAAUUCAUUUGAACUUCUUAUGUGCUGGCGGUGAACGAGAAGUUGAUACAUGCAUUGGUGAUGGUGGAUCACCUUUGGUUUGUGCGGUUCCUGAUGAAGUUGAUUAUUAUUACCAAGCAGGAAUUGUUUCUUGGGGUGUUGGAUGUGGUUACGAAGGCAUUCCAGGCGUUUAUAAAGUCAUGAGAAUUGUUCUCAACGUCUUGUGUGUGGCUAUUUUUGUCUUAUCAUUCGAUUGCAUAACAUGUGAAAAAAGAUAUUGUAACGAAGGUUUGGGUGUGUGCACUCCAUUUGCACAAUGCUCAAACUUAACAAAGUUCAAUGACGGAAGCGAUCAUUUAAGUGUCCGAUUUAAUAUUGAGUUGGAGACUGAUGCUUGUCAUUACAUGGAAUUGUGUUGUGACCCUGAAGAUGUAAUUGAAGAACCAUUCUUAGGCAAUGAAGGAAGAACACAGCAUGUUGGAGAAUCAAUCAAUGAUAGAGACAAUCGUGGAAGCUCGAGUAGUGACAAGUCAAAUUUAAUUUCCACUCCUGAAACUCUUUCUCGUUUGCAGGAAUGUAACUCAGAAACACACGAAUGUAUUCCAUUCUUUUAUUGCAACACUGAUACGACGACAGAUGGUGCAGAGACACUCACAACACGUAACAAUUUUGCUGGAUGUGAUCAUGAAUCAGAUGUUUGCUGCAAUAAAAAUGAAAACAUUGCAAGAAUGGUGCCAACAAUUUGUGGUCUUCGUAAUAAAGACGGAAUUGGAUUUUCAGUCACAAAUAGCAUUGAUGAAGCUCAAUAUGCAGAAUUUCCUUGGAUGGCUUCUUUGACUGGAAAACUUUUUGAUGGGACUAAUAACAAAGAUUGGACUAAUUAUUUUUGUGGUGGAUCAUUAAUUCAUCCAAGUGUCGUCUUAACCGGUGCCCACUGUGUUUACAACUUAACAGCUUCUGAAAUCAAAGUCACAUUAGGCGAAUGGGACACAAAAUCAACAAAAGAAAUCUUUGAUACUUCGGUGCAUCAAGUGAAACGAAUCAUUCCGCAUGAAGACUUUGUUCCUACAAAUUUAUAUAAUGAUGUUGCAUUACUUAUUUUGAAAACUCCUGCAAAACUGUCGGUUCAUAUCAACACGAUUUGCUUGCCUCCACCAAACAAUAAAAUUGCUCAAGUUAAUUGUUUUGCCAGCGGCUGGGGAAGUGACUAUUAUGGAGAAGAUGCUUAUCGUACCAAUUUAAAGAAGGUAGAAGUUCCUCCAGUUCCUUUGAGAGACUGUCAAGAAGCUUUGAGGGCUACAAAACUUGGUCCAAGGUUCAAAAUUCAUCCUUCAUUCAUGUGUGCUGGUGGAGAGUUAGGAGUUGAUACUUGUACUGGAGAUGGAGGUUCACCUUUAGUUUGUCCAGUCCCAGGAAAGAGUGAGGUUUAUUAUCAAGCAGGAGUUGUUGCAUGGGGAAUAGAAUGUGGGAAAGAAAAUGUGCCAGGAGUUUAUGCCAAUGUUGCCAAAUUCCGAACAUGGAUCGACAACAAAAUGAAUCAAUUGGGAUAUGGUACAAGCAGUUACACAUUAGAAUGAUUUUUCUGAUGAAAAACAAAGUGAUUUAAAAUUUUAAAAAAUAAUUUUCAAAUUGAAAAUAUCCAAAAAAUUUAACGAAUGUAACGGAAAAUAAAGGAAAUUUGAAAUAAAUUUUAACGAAAGCAAACCUUUGUUAGAAUUUUAAAGUGAGAUUUAAAUUAUUAAUACCUAGGUAGUUUCCAAUAAUACCUAUUACUCUGUUAAAUGUAGUCAUAACAGUUUUAAUAUUUGUCUGUAUUUCGAGAUUUAUUUUCAAGUGUCUUUCUUUAUUAAAAACAACAUCAAAUGGAUAAAACUGAGAAAGCUGUCAAUUAUUCCUUGAAACAAAUUUAUUCUGAUGUGAACUCACCUUAUUAUACCAGUUGUGCUCUUCAAAGUUGUAAACCUUUUGUAUCACAGGAAUCUUUCAAUUUCCACGACGAUGUCAAUUUAAAUUGUUCAUCUUCAUUAUCAAGUGUUUCCGAUAGAUCUCUGGAUGAAGAUUGGCUAACUAUCAGCAAAUUUAUUGAUAUAGCAGAUCAGGAAUUUGAAGACAGUUGGAUUGAAAACCAAGUUGAAGAAAAGAAAGCCGAGAUUCCUGUAUUUAAGCCGCUCAGAAAAUCUGGAAAAUAUUUCUACUGUCCAUUCAUAAAUUGUAUAAAAAUCUUUCUUUCGAAUAAGACUUUGUUGAAUCAUCUGUCGACUCAUCAGCAUUCAUAUCAAUGUCCUUACGUCUGCUCCAUUUGUACGAUGCAUUUUGUAUUGAAGAGUUCAUUGAAACGCCAUUGUAUGCAGGACCACAAAAUUAUUACUGAUAAAAGACUUUCAACACCCCAUGAUAACGAUCAAAACACUUUUGUACCUGAUUGUGCUAUGUGUGGUAAAUCUUUGACUUUCGGAUUGGCUUGGGAUCAUGUUUUAAUGCAUAAUGAAUUCAGUGGAAAAACUUCUUGUAAUAUAUGUCAGUUGCAUUUCAGAGGCAGAAAAUAUUCACAGGAUCAUCUCGAAGCUGUUCAUCCAAAUACUGCCAUGGAACUUUCAAUUAGUGCUUUAGCCAGAAAAAAGCUACAAAAUCAAAGUUUUCUCGGAACUCAUUUUCCAAUAAUUGAAAUUGUUAAAUUAAACACAACAGAAUAAGAAAACAUUGAAUUUUUAAAUAAUUUUUAAUCACAUCUGACAUGUUAAAAUCAAGAAAAUGUUAAUUUAGUUAUAUAAGAAAAAUAAAAUUUAGUUAUCAAGGAAUAGCUAAAACUUGAUGUAGGUAACAUAAUAAAUAUGUAUGAAUUAUUCCGUAAAUCUCUCUUUCAAAUCUGU